AUGGCGUGGGACCACCUUUCGAUCACCAAGUCCCAUCUGGUGUACAUUAUCCUGGGAGGCUUCACUUCGCUUUUCAUGCUGUGCUCUUCCAUCAUCAAGGAGCGCAUGUACAUUGGCGAAGCCACUGUGGCUACCCUGUGCGGUCUCAUCUUCGGGCCCCAUGCUGCAAAUCUCAUCGACCCCAAUUCGUGGGGCAACGUCGACGAGGUCACGCUCGAGUUUUCUAGGAUUGUGCUCGUCGUGCAGUGUUUCGCCGUUGGUGUCGAAUUGCCAAAGUUUUACAUGGAAAGACACUGGAAGUCUGUGGUGUUUCUCCUACUACCGGUCAUGACUUUUGGUUGGCUCAUCACCAGCUUGUUCAUCUUCUGGUUGGUGCCACCGUUGAACUGGCUGGAGAGCUUGACAGUUGCAGCCUGCGUGACAGCCACAGACCCUGUCCUGGCCUCGUCGGUUGUUGGCAAGGGCAAGUUUGCCAAGCGAGUUCCGAAGCAUCUGCGAGAUUUGUUGUCUGCCGAGUCAGGUUGCAACGAUGGCAUGGCUUUCCCCUUCAUCUACCUCUCCCUGUAUCUCAUUCAAGACAAGCUGAAUGCCAAGGAGGUGACUUAUCACUGGCUUGUGUAUACCGUCUUGUACGAGUGUAUCUUUGGUGCCGUCUAUGGAUUCCUGAUUGGCUACUUUGCCCGCCAUGGCAUCAAGUACGCUGAGAGGCACGAUUUGAUUGAUCGGGAGAGUUUCCUGGUCUUCUACUUCACCUUGGCCUUGUUUUGCGCGGGCUCUGGUAGUAUCCUCGGUGUCGAUGAUCUGCUUGUUGGCUUCUCUGCUGGAGUUGGUUUCUCCAACGACGGUUGGUUCUCCUCGAAAACCGAAGAGUCUCACGUUUCCAACGUCAUUGAUCUGCUUAUUAACUUGGCAUACUUUGUGUACUUUGGCACGAUCAUUCCAUGGGAUCAAUUCAACAACGCGGCCUUGCGCCUUUCGGCUUGGAGACUGACUGUCAUCGCCAUAUUCGUCAUUCUUUUCAGGCGCAUUCCCAUCAUGAUGGCUCUGAAACCUCUUAUACCUGAUGUCAAAACCUGGCGCGAGGCGCUGUUCGCUGGUCAUUUUGGUCCAAUCGGUGUCGGUGCCAUUUUCAUUGCUAUCCUGGCACGUGCUGAACUGGAGACCGAACACACGAUUCCCCUUUCUGUGGUCCCGUCAUUCGAAGACACGACAGUAGAGCAUGCGGAGUUGAUAGUUCUCGUAUGGCCUAUCACGACAUUCUUGGUCGUGGCGUCUAUCUUGGUGCACGGCUCUUCGGUUGCUGUCUUCACUCUGGGCAAGCAUAUCAACACGCUCAGUCUGACAAUGUCGUACACAGCCGCUCCAGACGACGGUCCAUCGUGGAUGAACCGGCUUCCAAGGAUAUCCUCCCAAUCACGGUCACAAGCACGUACAAUGUCUGACACGGAAGGGGAUGACCUCAAAAUGCCCGAAUUUCCGCCGGGUACCCUCCCACCAACUGGUUUGCCAGGCCAAUUCCUUCGGCGCCAGAAAGAGGAAGACAAUCCUAGCAAGAAUGGUAGCCGUGCCUCGUCUUUGAUGGGUCGCCGUCGCAGCAGAAAGCGCUGGGAUGAGGGGAUGGGACCUGGUGGACCUGUUACCCAGUCAGCCAUCUUUCCUCAGCGGCGCAGCCAAAGUGGUCUAUCCGACGCCAUGUCUCCGACUUCUCCCAUGUCUCCUUCUGACCGCCAGGAUACUUCUGGCACACUAACGGGCGACGAAGAUGCGAACCAGCUGCGCGAAAAGGGUUCUCGAGACCCCGAGAAGCUUGAGCAACAGACUUCAGAAGAAGAUGUCAGUCCGCACGACGGUGAGCGAAGGGGCCAGCAGGACCCUCCAGAGAUUGAAGUCUACGACGAGGGCGACAAUAUUGUCAUUGAGGACGAAGAGGGCCAGGUCUUGGCUGUGGAACCCCGCAAAACACAACAUCACAGUGUAGGCGAGGUGGCACAUGAUCUUGGCAACCUCAAGGAAGCAGCAAAGAACGAGACUCAGAAACCUGGCUGGACGUACGAUUCUCUCAAGAAACGACUUGGAGAUUGGCGUGACGAGGAAGUCCAGAAGAGGAAGACCAAGACCGAUUCGGAGAAGAGGCACGCGCCAGCUCGUGCCUACCAGUUCGGAAAUACCAUCAUCGUGGAGGAUGAGGACGGUGAGGUGGUCAAAAAGUACGAGCUACCUUCGCAGAAGGCUGAGGGAAGCAACAACGACUUUGUUGCCACUAGCCUCAAGUAUAUGGGCAUAAGUGGCCUCACGAAACAGGGGCACAAGUCUAAGCCGGCUGAAGAUGACGCCGCAGAGGCUGCUGGUGAGGAGGCUCCACCACGUCCACCUGUGCGCCAGGGGACUUUCAGUGGUUGGACUGGCUUCGGUAAGUCCGGAGCCGGUGAAGGCAGAAAGAAGAGCGUGGCAGCCGGCGCGGAAGACGACCAGAAGAAGCAGGAGGAGGAGGAUCGCAAGAUCAGAUUCACGAUUGCGGGCGAGGGCCGUCGGAUGACGAAGGACGAUUUCUUAAAGGAAGUCCAGAAGAUGGACCCCCGAACCCGAAGACAGGUGCUUGAGCAGUCUGACGCGCCUCCUGCUGUAGUGGCCCUCGCCAAACAACAAGGGACUGGCUCUGGCUCGGCAACACCAUCGUCCAUUGGUGCCUCCAAGCCUACGGCAGUCAAGACUACCAGCACGGCGGCGGCGGCAAGGAAAGGCGCAGGCCAUUCCAUGUCCCCUGCGAGAGCGGAACCUGCACGUGGACGAAGCACCACCGUGACGGCAAGAUCACCUGCAGGAACAUCGCCCGCCGAAAGCUCAGCAGAUACUCGUCAAGAUGUGGCGGCCUCAGACACGCCCGAGACUGCCGUCGAGCGCCGCCGAAGGCUGGCUGCGCUGUCGGGCAUGCGCGACGAGGAGGAGCCGUCCACUGAAACCGAGACGCCAGCGGAGAGGAGACGACGCGAAGCCGCCCUCGGGCUGGGCAGUCCCGGUGCGGUGGACAGCGACAGCGAAGACGACGAUACGCCCCGAGUGCCUCCCACCAGGCGCGGGAUUAGGUUUGCCGACGCUCCGCGUCCGGGGGCCUAG